AACUGCAACACUUCCUCUGCAUCUGGAUACGAAGGGAGACCCAGAAAAGCGGAAGAGUUUACAGGCACCCGGGGUCACAUAGGGCAUGGAUCUGGAGAACCAUGAACCACCCGUGGUUCUGAGAGCAGACAACUGCCGCAGGCGCCGCAGGAUGAAACCGCGUAGCACGGCAGCCAGCCUGUCCUCCAUGGAACUCAUCCCCAUCGAGUUCGUGCUGCCCACCAGCCAGCGCAACAGCAAGACCCCAGAAACAGUGCUGCUACACGUAGCUAGCCAUGGCAACGUGGAGCAGAUGAAGACACAGGUGUGGCUGCGCGCACUGGAAGUGAGUGUGGCAGCUGACUUCUACCACCGGCUCAGCCCAGACCACUUCCUCCUGCUCUACCAGAAAAAGGGACAGUGGUAUGAGAUCUACGACAGGUACCAAGUGGUGCAGACCCUGGACUGCGUGCGCUACUGGAAGGUGCUACACAGGAGCCCUGGCCAGAUCCACGUGGUGCAGCGGCACGCACCCUCCGAGGAGACCCUGGCCUUCCAGCAGCAGCUCACGGCGCUGAUUGGCUACGAUGUGACCGACGUCAGCAAUGUGCACGACGAUGAGCUCGAGUUCACACGCCGCCGCCUUGUCACCCCUCGCAUGGCCGAGGUGGCCUGCCGUGACCCCAAGCUGUACGCCAUGCAUCCCUGGGUGACAUCCAAGCCUCUCCCAGAGUAUCUGUUGAAGAAAAUUAGCAACAACUGCAUCUUCAUCAUCAUUCAUCGCAGCACUACCAGCCAAACUAUCAAGGUCUCCCCAGAUGACACCCCAGGCACCAUCCUGCAGAGCUUCUUUGCCAAGAUGGCUAAGAAAAAGUCUCUGAUGGAUAUCCCUGAAAGUCAGAAUGAGCAGGAUUUUGUGCUGCGUGUCUGUGGCCGGGACGAAUACCUGGUGGGUGAAACGCCCAUCAAAAACUUCCAGUGGGUGAGGCAUUGCCUCAAGAAUGGAGAAGAGAUUCACGUGGUGCUUGACACUCCUCCGGACCCAGCUCUGGAUGAGGUGAGGAAGGAAGAGUGGCCGCUUGUGGAUGACUGCACCGGGGUCACCGGCUACCAUGAGCAGUUGACCAUUCACGGGAAGGAUCAUGAGAGUGUAUUCACAGUGUCUCUGUGGGACUGUGACCGGAAGUUCCGGGUAAAGAUCCGAGGCAUCGAUAUCCCUGUGCUGCCCAGGAACACUGACCUCACAGUUUUCGUGGAGGCCAACAUUCAGCAUGGGCAGCAAGUCCUUUGCCAAAGGAGAACUAGCUCCAAACCCUUCACAGAGGAGGUGCUCUGGAAUGUGUGGCUUGAGUUUGGUAUCAAAAUCAAAGACUUGCCCAAAGGGGCGUUACUAAACCUUCAGAUCUACUGUGGUAAAGCCCCAGCCUUGUCUGGCAAGGCCUCUACAGAGACUCCUAGUACUGAGUCUAAAGGCAAAGCUCAGCUUCUCUACUACGUGAACCUGCUACUGAUAGACCACCGAUUCCUCUUGCGCCAUGGGGAAUAUGUGCUCCACAUGUGGCAGAUAUCCGAGAAGGGAGAAGACCAGGGAAGCUUCAAUGCUGACAAGCUUACAUCAGCAACCAACCCAGACAAGGAUAAUUCAAUGUCCAUCUCCAUUCUUCUGGACAAUUACUGCCAUCCAAUAGCUUUGCCUAAGCAUCAGCCCACCCCUGACCCUGAAGGUGACAGGGUUCGAGCUGAAAUGCCCAACCAGCUUAGGAAGCAACUAGAGGCCAUCAUAUCCACUGAUCCACUUAACCCUCUCACAGCAGAGGACAAAGAAUUGCUCUGGCAUUUUAGAUAUGAAAGCCUUAAACAUCCCAAAGCGUAUCCUAAGCUAUUCAGCUCAGUGAAAUGGGGACAACAAGAAAUCGUGGCCAAAACAUACCAGUUGUUGGCCAGAAGGGAGGUCUGGGAUCAAAGUACUUUGGAUGUUGGGUUAACUAUGCAACUCCUGGACUGCAACUUUUCAGAUGAAAAUGUAAGAGCCAUUGCAGUUCAGAAACUGGAGAGUUUGGAGGAUGAUGAUGUUCUACAUUACCUUUUGCAACUGGUUCAGGCUGUGAAAUUUGAACCAUACCAUGACAGCGCCCUUGCCAGAUUUCUGCUCAAGCAUGGUUUAAGAAAUAAAAGGAUUGGUCACUUCUUGUUUUGGUUCUUAAGAAGUGAGAUAGCCCAGUCCAGGCACUACCAGCAGAGGUUCGCUGUGAUCCUGGAAGCUUAUCUGCGGGGUUGUGGUACCGCCAUGCUGAAUGACUUCACACAACAAGUCCAAGUAAUCGAGAUGUUACAAAAAGUCACCAUUGAUAUUAAAUCACUCUCUGUUGAAAAGUAUGACGUCAGUUCCCAAGUUAUUUUACAACUUAAGCAAAAGCUUGAAAACCUGCAGAAUUCUAAUCUUCCGAAAAGCUUUAGAGUUCCGUAUGAUCCUGGACUGAAGGCAGGAGCUCUAGUGAUUGAAAAAUGUAAAGUGAUGGCCUCCAAGAAAAAGCCCCUGUGGCUUGAGUUUAAAUGUAGUGACCCUACAGCAUUAUCGAAAGAAACAAUUGGAAUCAUCUUUAAACAUGGUGAUGAUCUGCGUCAAGACAUGCUCAUCUUACAGAUUUUACGAAUCAUGGAGUCCAUUUGGGAGACAGAAUCUUUGGAUCUGUGCCUCUUACCUUAUGGUUGCAUUUCCACUGGUGACAAAAUCGGAAUGAUCGAGAUUGUGAAGGACGCCACAACCAUUGCCAAAAUUCAGCAAAGCACUGUGGGCAACACUGGCGCGUUUAAAGAUGAAGUCCUGAACCACUGGCUCAAAGAAAAAUGCCCGCUAGAAGAAAAGUUUCAGGCAGCAGUGGAGAGAUUUGUUUACUCCUGCGCUGGCUACUGUGUGGCAACCUUUGUUCUUGGAAUAGGAGACAGGCACAACGACAAUAUUAUGAUCACAGAGACCGGAAACCUGUUUCAUAUCGACUUUGGGCACAUUCUUGGGAAUUACAAAAGUUUUCUGGGAAUUAAUAAAGAAAGAGUGCCAUUUGUGCUAACUCCAGAUUUCCUAUUUGUGAUGGGAACUUGUGGAAAGAAGACAAGCGCACACUUCCAGAAAUUUCAGGAUGUCUGUGCCAGGGCCUACCUAGCCCUUCGUCAUCACACAAACCUGCUGAUUAUCCUGUUCUCUAUGAUGCUGAUGACUGGAAUGCCCCAGUUAACAAGCAAAGAAGAUAUUGAAUAUAUUCGAGAUGCCCUAACAGUAGGGAAAAAUGAGGAAGAUGCUAAAAAGUAUUUUCUGGAUCAGAUUGAAGUUUGCAGAGACAAAGGAUGGACUGUCCAGUUUAACUGGUUCCUACAUCUUGUUCUUGGUAUCAAACAAGGAGAGAAACAUUCAGCCUAGUACUUUAGGCUAAAAUUAAAAACAUCUUAGUGUCCUAAAAGUUUUAAAUUAGCAUGCCCAUCAUGGAACUUGGACUUUUAAAACAUAAUAGAACAUUUGUAAAAGCUGACACUUCAGAAAUACUGCCCUUUUCCUAGCUGAACUCUUGACUGGGAGGAAAAAAAGUGUCACUGCUGAUUGUUUGUUCAUAUAAUACUCAGUGCUAGG